AUGAGCAACAAGGACCCACCACCAGCCCCUGGGACAGCGAAAAAGAUAUCUCCAACUCUACCAACAACGUCAUCUGAUGACGUGGCGAAGAAGACUACAAAGACUACAGAAGAGAUGUAUCUGAAUGGAAAUGCACCGUACUACGGUGGAUAUUAUCCGAAUGGUACUGGUACUGUAAAUCGAAACUACAGUAACCACCAAAAUAAUGGAAAUAGGAUGAGAAGUACAAGUAGUCAGAGAUAUCAUCUGCCGUUCGCCACGUCAUCAGCCCAGACGACGACGACAACGUCAGGUGGAACGUCUUUAGAAGACAAUUCACCGCCACCGCCGCCGUCGUCAAAUGAAAAUGGAUUCAUCCAUCGACACCAUAAUCGAACCCAUACGAUCAGUGAUACGGUAGCAAUGGCUGGCGAUGAUCUUAGCAAUGUGCCAGCCGCGGUGAUUAUUCAGCUAGAAAAAGCAAAUCGCACCAUUGCAUCUCAAAAUCUGGAAAUCGAGCGGCUGAAAUCGCUUCAAAACGAGCAUUUGGAAAUGGGACUUUUGAAGAAACAAAUUCAAGAGAUGGAAAAAGAGAUGAGGACCUCUAGAUCUCGAUUUUUGGAGCAACAAGAGCUCCUAGCAGAAAUGUCCCGGGAAAUGGACAAUUUGUUGAGGGAAAAGCUGAAAACGCAGGCAAAUUUUCAAGAUUUGGAGAAAAAGUACAAAAAAGCGAAAUUCGCAUCAAGGGAGCUGGCGAAAAUCCUGGAAAACGACCUGUGCGGCACACCUACCACAAGCCACGCCCCUUUUGAUUAUCGAUCGGACGAGGAGGCAUCGAUUUCGCUAUUCGAGCAGUCUAGAAAUCGAUCGAAGCUCCAAAAAGAGCAAGAAAUUGGAGAAAAAGCGCGGACAAUUCGAGAAAAAUCAGAUUCGGAGUUUUUGGAGAAGCUGAUCGGCGAGAAUGAACUAUUGAUUAUCGAUUUGGAGCGGGAACGAAAGAUUGGGGAGAGUUUGCAAGAGGAUUUGGAGAAGAGCAGAGCGCUGAUUAUUGAUAAGGAUGAGCAAUUGGAGGAGUUGAAGCUAAAACUGGGAAAAGCUGAAACGAAAGCGUCGCAGUGCGAAUCGGAUCUGACUCGAACGUCGACGGACCUGGCGAUGGAACGACUACGGUGUGAAGCGCUGACCGCGGAGCUACACGAAAUUGAGGGCAUUUUUAGAAAUACCCAUUCGACAAUUCAAGCCUAUGCUGCGGAAAAUGAGCAACUCGAAGAUCGCUGCCGCGAAGCGCAUCGUCAAAUUGUGACGCUGAAUUCGAAACUAGAAGCCCAAGGAAUCGAUCUGGUGACUACAAAACGAACACUACGGACAUUGAGAGAGACCAAUGAGGCUAGAAGUGGACCAUUUUGA